AUUCUAUGCGAGGGCAAUUCAUACCUUCGAGAUACAUUUAUGCUCUGUGCUGUUAGGUGCGGAUGCUUAUUCAGGCAAUCUUUCGCCCGAGAAAAUACAUCACUACUGUUUCACUUUAGAUGUAUGUCCUAGUUAGGUUUAUGUUCAUUAGUCUUACAGCAACCAGAAUGGAAAGGCGUGUACAGCCGAAAUGGUUUGCUCCAAUUCCAAAGGACAAAGAUAUUCAGCUACCAAAUCUUUAUUUUCACAACAGCUUGACUUCACAGAAGGAGCUUUUUAUACCUCAAAAUGGCAGGCAUGUUAAAUGGUAUACUUGUGGUCCAACAGUGUAUGAUGUAUCGCACAUGGGUCACGCCAGGUUUGGAAUCUGUUACAAGUUUUUUCAUACUUCCAAGGACUUAUAUCGUAUUUGAUGUAAUUCGUCGAGUGUUGGUGGAUUACUUUGGUUUUGACGUAAUUUAUGUUCUAAAUAUCACAGACAUUGAUGACAAGAUUAUCAAGCGUGCUCGGCAGAAUUACUUAAUGGAUAAAUAUUUAUCGAAAGAUCUUGACUUAGCAACUGUUGUUGGUGAUAUUUCAAAGGGAAUCCAGCGUAUAAAAUCAAAAUUGUUGACUGAAUCAGAUUCAGAUAAAAAGGCAUACUUAAGUGCUGAAGUUGACCGUCUUAUAUCGGUUCUGUCUACUGUACCACCUAGUAAGGAGAAUCCAAUUACUUUUCUUGUUCAACAUGCUCGUGAUGCUAUCGCAGAUGUCGUGGAUGCAGCUCAUGGGGAUUCUGUUUGCGACUAUCAGAUAUUCGAAGUGUUGGCUAGAUAUUAUGAGAAAGAAUAUCUUGCAGAUAUGGCGGCCUUAAAUGUUCUUCCUCCCUCCGUACUUGUUCGCGUUACAGAAUACAUUGAUCCAAUUAUUAAAUAUAUAGAGCGGAUAAUUGAAAAUGGCUUCGCUUAUGUUGCUCCGUCUGGUUCAGUAUAUUUCGAUACAAACCGAUUUGCCAAUUGUUCUACGCAUUUUUAUGCUAAACUUGUACCAAAUGCUUUUGGUGAUUCUGAUCAGCUUGCAUCUGGAGAAGGUGAACUGUCUAUAACCAGUGAAAAAAAGUCAUCGAAUGAUUUCGCACUCUGGAAAGCGUCGAAAGCAGGUGAACCAGCUUGGCUCAGCCCUUGGGGGAAAGGUAGACCUGGUUGGCAUAUAGAAUGCUCUGUUAUGGCUAGUGAUAUACUUGGCGAUACUUUAGAUAUACAUAGCGGUGGAGUUGAUUUGAAGUUCCCGCAUCAUGAUAACGAAUUGGCUCAAGCUGAAGCGUAUUUUGGUCACUCACAUUGGGUUAAUUAUUUUCUGCAUUCUGGUCAUUUAACCAUUUCUGGUUGUAAAAUGUCGAAAUCAUUGAAAAAUUUUAUAACUAUUCGUGAUGCACUUAAAAUGCAAACAUCUCGACAAAUUCGUUUUAUCUUUCUUCUACAUUCUUGGCGUGAUACAAUGGACUACAGUACUGAUACAUUGACUGAAGCUGCUGCUUAUGAGAAACAAUUGAUUGACUUUUUUUAUACUUGUUCAAAUCUACAGUAUAUCGCUAAACAAUAUCUAUCAAAUAAAUUUAUUUCUAAGAAAAGUGAAAAUGAUAACUUUAAGCAAAUUCUAAUGGAUAUUCAGCAGAAAGUUUAUGAUGCACUAUGCGAUUCGUGUGAUACUCGAACUGUACUGGAUAAUCUCAAGAUUUUAAUGUCUGAAGUUGAUUCAAAAAUAUUUAGUCAAAUUAACACAGACAAGUGUUUAUUUCAACUAGCAGAUAAUGCUUUUACAGCUGGUCGUUUCAUUCUUCAGAUACUACGUAUUUUUGGUAUUGCAGAUCAUACUGCUGUUUCUUUAGGUUCACCAGUUCCAUCAGAAUAUAUUAUAGCUGGUAGUAAAGUUUUAGAAGACUAUACGCAUAUUUCAUUGACGGAAAUUGAUGAUAACGUAUUUGGUUUACGUUGUUGGCUUUCUCUGGAUACUCUAACUGAAGAACGUCUCAUUUCUACAGUACAGGAGUCAUUGAAUGCUGCCUGUUUAUUUAUUAAGACUUUAAUUAGUGAAGGUGAUACAUUUAAUCGUGUUGUGCAUACAUACACGAAUGAAAUCAACGAAAAGUACGGUAUCAAUUUGAUCACUUUGGAACUGGAUGGUAAACAGUCUUUGGAAUUGAUUUUGAAAGUAAACACUGAGAAAAAUCUUUCUCAAUUAACCGUUAUACCAUAUGGAUUGGAAGUUAAUGUAUGGCCAGUGGUUCUUGGUUUUCUGCAUACACUUGUUUCUAUCCGAGAUACAAUUAAAAAGUUGUUGUCAUCAGGAUCUAUUAUGGAUACAGCAUGCAAAAAAACGGUUAUAUGAAGCUUGUGAUCGAUUUCGAGAUAGUGAUCUUGUUAAUGCUGGUAUUCGAUUACAAGAUAGAGCUACUGCAGUUGAUCUUAGUAAAGGUUUAGAUGUAGCACCAUUCAUUGGAUUGGUUGACAGGCGUAUUUUGUUGAAUGAACGUGUUGAAAAUAAAAUAAAGCGCAGUGAAGCAAAAGUGGUAAAAGAUACUACAAAAGAUGAAGCUAGUCGUAUACCUCCCUGGGAAAUGUUUCUCUCAGAGGUCGAUAAAUAUUCCAAGUUUGAUCCGAAGGGUUUGCCAACACAUGAUGCUUCAGGAAAUGAACUGUCAAAAAGUGCUGUGAAAAAGUUACAAAAACUGUACAACGCACAAGAAAAACGUCAUACUGCAUAUUUAAAGAGUAAGAGUUAAGAUUAUGAGAACUUCUGAUCUUUUGGUGUCACUUGUAUGGGCUGCUUUGUUUUUCUUCUAACGUUCUUCAUCAAUGGUGGUUCAAAUAUAUUAGUUGUAUGGAUACAGCUUCUUCGUAUCGUUUGAUUUUCAUGACAGUCUUUUGGUUAGUGUUUUGUCAACAUUGUACAGGGAACUUUGUAUACUAUUAUUUUUAGUUGUAUUUUUGUUAAGUCGAAUUAUACACUUAUUUGUCAACUAUAUUUAUUGUUUUCUCUG